UGCUAUUAAUGUUUAUAUUGAUGCCUCUUUUUUGUUUAUGCAUUGUUUCUUUUGUAUUUAUAUUAUUAUAAGAUAUUUUUGUUUGUUUUAUAUUUAUAUUGUUCGAAGCGUACUUCAUAUGUAAAGGUUUGGAGUUUUGCUACAAGAGAAGAUGACCAUGAAGCUGAAAAACGUCAAGAAGAAUAAAGAGAGCAAGAUACAAGAGACACAAAAAGAUGAACUUCUCAAAGCUAAAAACUCUGUAUUGCUACAAAGGAAGACACGUCGAAAAAUGAUAGUGAGAGACUCUUCUGAAGAUGAGGAAACACUCGGACAAGAGAAAGAGAUAUGUUCCACUAAGAGAAAGAGAUCUCUUAGGAAGAAAGCCUCUCGGUCCAAAACACCCAUUCCAAUAUCUCUUACUCCCAUCUCAAAUUCUCCAACAGUAAAUACUAGGUCCAAAACACCUCAAAUUUCUAUUACAAUGCCUACCAUAGACUCCCCUGCACUAAACACUAGGGGCUCUUUAAGAAGGAGGUCCAUAGGCUCGUCACCUGUUCUUGAUGAUGUUGCUCCCCCUUUAGAAGAGCCUAUGGAAAAGAAAAAAAGAGGUGAAACUAAAAUGACAUCAGUUGCUACAAGUAGUGAGGGUCGAUUACCGGUCAAAUUCAACGCAUUGGGCCAACCAAUUGGAAAAGCAUCAAUUAGCUUAUCCUCAUUUUUGGGACCACUUGUGAGGGAAGUCGUACCAGUAACUUUACCUGAUUGGAGAAAGAUUACUCUUGGAAUGAAGGAGGUUUUGUGGAGAUCAAUUCAGGCACGAUAUAUAGUUGACAAAGAAUGGAAGAAAAACUAUAUAUUUCAGUCCAUGGGUGAUCUUUGGAGAGCUUCUAAAUCAAGGUUGGUUGCUAAAGUCAAAAAAGCGCCAAAUGAACACGAAAGGCUGAAAUUAAAGCCUGACAACAUCAAAACUGUAAUUGAGUGGAGGGCGUUCAUCAAAGAGAAAACCAGUUUGGAAUUUCAGGCCAAAAGUGACAAGUUCAAAGAGAUAAGAAAUAAACGACUUCCCCAUACUUGUAGCCGCAAAGGAUAUGCUCGAUUAAUCGAUGAUAUGAUGAAUAGUAGUGCAAAAAAUGAAGAACCUUCGAGAGUUGAUGUGUGGACUAAGGCACACACAAAAAAAAAUGGAGAACCUGUCAAUUCCUAUGUUGCUGAAACUUUCGAUAUAUUAGGUGAUUCUUCAUUACCUUCUAAGACUCCAAAGGAAAAAGGAGAUCUUCUUUCAAAUAUAUUAGGUCCUGAAAAGGGUUCCUAUGUGAGAGGUUAUGGUAAAGGAGUUACCAAAACUAAGUUAGCAAUUGCAUCGGAAAAAGAAGAACAUAUAUGUAGAAUUGAAAAUGAGUAUAAAGAGUUAAAAGAAAAAGUGGCUGUUAUGGAGCAAUUGAUUAACUCUUUCAUAAAUUCCAAGUCUCAUUCUAACUUGAGCGGAGAGCAGUCCAAUGCACAUAAUCGUCCUACACGGGGUGAUGUUGGAAUUCAAGGCCAAAAGUGCGACCUUUUGGAUUGGACUGGUUCUGGGAAUAUUGUUGCUGUUGGAUAUUUCAUUUCAGAUGAUCCACAAGAUUCAGUUCUUGGUGUUCCUCUUGGACCAUUUGCCAUGAAGGUUGGUGUUGAUUUUGUAAGGGAACCUAAUGCAUUUCUAUGGAGGCCUACUUCAGGAUUAACUUGCAUUGAAGAAAGCGUUGGAAAUAUUAUUGCUUGGCCGGCUGACAAAGUUAUAAUGAGAACUUGAAUUGGUCUCUUAUGUUGAUGAGGUGUAAACAAGCAGUUUGGAAAGGAUUUUACAUUGUCAAGAUAAUGAACGAUGGGAUUCCGCAACAAUGGUGCAAUUUAACUUCAAGAAGAUUAAUGUGGUGUUUGCUUGG